CGUCAUCGAACAUGCGUCAAACGUCAGUGGGAAAACGAUAAAAUGUCAACAAAUUGAGAAACCGGACGUUUGUACUGAUUCUUUUUAAAAAAUAUGAUCAAAAAUAUUUUAACAAUAUUUUUGUAUCUGCAAUGGGUACCAACAACUUGUCCAUUAUUGAAGAGUUGAUAAAUGAGUUUUAUGCAGGAACCACUUCUAACAGUAGAAAACAUGAUAUUGAGGUACAAUUGGAAGCAUUUAAGCAAGAUAGUUCAUCUUGGAAGCUUUGUUUGUGCAAUUUGACACAAAAUAAUCACAUUCAUGUAUGGAUGUUUGGAAUAAAUAUUAUCGAGGAUGUUAUUACAAAAAGGUGGUUCACUUUGGAGAAUAAUGACAGAUUGUUGAUAAAAGACUUCUUAUGGAAAAAUAUUAAAUCAAAGUUAAAUUGUACCACACAAAGAUAUCAAACAAACAAAUUAGCAAAAUUAUUAACUGAUAUUAUAAAGCGUGAAUUUCCCUUAGGAUGGCAAGAGUAUUUUCAAAAAAUUAUGGAUAUGGUCAAAUCCACACACUGCCAUUUAGGAAUAGUUCUAUUCCAUGUUACAUGCGAAGAAAUUAUAACAAGAAAUGACAUCAAUUCAAAUCGAAAACAGCAAUUAGUCACAAGUUUAAAUGGAAAUUUAGAUGAUGUUUUUACAAUAAUUACACAAUUACUUCAAUCAAUUAUGAAUAAAUGGUCAAUUGGAAAUACCCCGCCAUCUUCUCCAAAAGAACAUGUUUUAAAUGAGGCUGUGUUAAGAAAUAUUAUGUCUGUUGAUGACAAUAGUGUUAGAGAACUUUGUUUUGAAUUACUGUGCACGGUGCAACAUUUAUUUUCUUGGGUGGAACUCUCAGAAUAUGUGAGUUCAGAUUUACUAAAUAUUUUGUUUGCAUUAGCCGAUGUCACCUUACAAAAUUCAGAAACAAUUAGUAUUGUUGCACUGUCUGCUAUUACAGAAAUUCUGUAUAGAAAAUGUGCAUUUGCAGGAUUAUCAACACUUCUAUGUGGUCAAAUAAUGAGACUGAUAUGCCGAAUAAAUUAUGCAAAUAAACAAACCAAUAACUGCAUUGGUUUAACAGAUAGUUACUUAGAAAAGACUACAGAACUGAUUAAAACGUUUGUGAUUCAACAUUUUAGUAGAUUAUUAUCAGAACCAACUUUUGAUUCUCUUCAAUUUAUGUCAUUAUUAUUUCAUUACACCUUUGUUGUAAAUAAACAAAGUGUAGAUUGUUAUAUGGGCUGUUUGGAAGUAUGGUGCAUUUUAUUGGAUUUCAAUAUAAAUACUAGUAUUGAUAGUUUCAAGAAUGCUAUUCUAAGUAUAGCAGCAAGUUGUUUUAAUAAUAUCAUAUUUUCAUCUAGUGGAGAAUUUCUUUCUUCAAUUGAUAAAGAGACUUUAGACGAUGAUCUACAAUCAGACUGGCAACAUUACUUAAAGCAAAGUUUUGAAUUGAUCUCAAAAAUAGCUGAAUUUUAUCCUUAUCAAAUUUUAACUAUGACGAUUGACCCCUGGAAAAAUUUAUUAAACAUUUAUACACAAAUAAAUAGUGCUAUCAAUACGGAAAAGCAAUUAUGUAUACAAGAAUGUGAACUAAAACAUGUUUUAAAUAUUUUACAAGAUCUUUCAACACUAAGCCAGUGUAUAAGUAGAUUAGCUAGUAUUAUUUUAGAAUCUUGCAAUGAUUCCAAUAUUCAACAAUUAGUGCAUUUAAUUAUUGCCAAAACUAUUGAAGCCUGCCAAUAUUCUAAUAAGCAUGAAUUAUAUAAUGUCAAGUGUAAUUCAGCUCAAAUUCACUCAAAUCUUCAACAUGUACAUGGUCAUUUAUUAUUACUUUUAUCAUCCUACACUCCCUGGAUUACGCAAACUCAAAUAUGUGCUCAAGUUGAAUUAACACAAUGCGCAAUCCAACCACUUACAAACAAAUUUUGUGAUAUGAGAAAUGCAAUGCAACAAAAUGUUUCCAGAGAUAUUUUUUUAGAUGAAGCUUGCGCAACGUUACUAUUAAAUAUAAGCAAAAUUUUGAGACCACAAAAUCUGAUAAGUACAGAACUUGUACCACAGUUGUUCAAUAAACCAUUAGAUGAAAAGAUUGUGAUUACAUUACAUCAGUGCAUUAUAAAUAAUUUGGUUUUGCCAUGUCAUGGAGCUGGUAAUCAAAACUGGCCCGAACGAAGUUUGCAAUUAAAUAAUUACACAAGAAAUAUGAGUGUAAAUUUUUUAAGAUUAGCUCAUGAUAACAUAAAUUUAAAGCACGAAGAGAUGUAUGAAAAUGCUAGUAUAGUAUUGAGAGUGCAAGAAGGUGUUUUAAAAAAUUAUGAAGAUAACUCUUCAACUGUUAAAAAUAUGCUUAAAUGUGCUUAUGAGCCUUUAAUGGAACUUGCUCUCAAGUAUAUUGAUCAGCAAGGUUUGUCUGGACCUUUAGGUGAAGCGAUUGUAUCAUUUUUUCUAACUGCUCUGAUGGUUUUGCAACAUCAACUAGGUGCUCAAUUUACUGGAUUAGCUGUAAACGGUUUCAUGAAUGCUGUGAAAAGAGAACAAUUGUCCAAGAUCCAAUUAUAUACUGUUGAUAAAUUACUGCAAAUUUUAAAAUUGGUUGUGCUACUGCCAGGACAUGCAUUUAAGGGCUUUUUACCAAAUAUUAUAAAUUUAGCUAUAGAUAACAUAUUACCCAUGUUAAGUUCUAGUAAUUCUGAUGAAGCACAUGAUGCAAAUCUUUCAUUGCUUUCAUUAUUUGAUGCAAUUUUACAACAUAGGUGGCAAUAUUUUUACAAAUCCCAAAUUUUAAUGGGAAAUUCUCCAGUCCAAGCAGAAGGGAUGGAAGAAUUAAAUAAUGUAAACCAACUCCAAGCUAUGCUUCUGUCUUAUGGACAAUGCUUAUUAAAUGGAGAUUUAACCGUAUUUGGUACUUGUUUGCAAAGUUUAGAAUGCUUAAAUUACAAAUGGAUGAUAUAUCAUAAGCCAUUUUUUAGAAGUUCACUUCUUCCACAUUUCUUAUCGGCUCUUCUACAAUCUCUGUUGAAUGAACAACAUAAUAUUUUGUUUGAUAAUAUUAUAAUAGCAAUUUACAAAAUGGCUGUGGUUGAUUUAAAUGCUUUUUGUAAUACAGCUUUGGCAAUAUUAAUUAAUUCUAAAUAUAAUUUAUCUGAGCAAGAAGCUACCACAAUACUGAUGCAGUUUCAAGUAACAGCUGAUGAACCAACAUUCACACAAAAUUUGGCAAAAUUAAUGAAAGAUUUAAAAUGCCCCCAGUAUUAAUGGACUUUUUUAAAUAUUUUAUCUUUUAAACUCACAUUUCAAAAAUUCUUAUAUAAAUAUAUAUGUAAAUCGAAC